UGAUUUGUUUUGAUGACACAUGAUCGUAAAAAUGGGAACUGUUGUUGUUGCGAACAAAACACCAAAGAUGUCAAGACAUGAAUGUUUGUUAGAGGGGCAGUUUGAAGUGUUCCCCAAUGAAAAAGUUUUAUACAAUGUUGAAUUAACAAGAAGUGGAAUAACAUAUUACCCAAUAGAUGCAGUUAAAUCAAAUAAAACCGUGAAAUAUUUACAUUUUGGUGAUGUGAUUGGAUGUAGGUGCAGAAAAUCUAUCGAGCAAAAACAUGCAAACAAAGCCUAUAUUACAGUUUUUGCUUAUCCACUGAAGAAAAAACUUUUUAGUGAAAAACAUGUUCGAUAUCAACGCCAUGUUACAUUUGCCCGUAGUUCUGAUUCAACAUUUGAUGGAAAUAGAAAAGUGGUAGAGAAAUGGAGACGAGUGAUAUUACAUUUGUGCCAGCAGCUUCCAGUUUAUAAAAAAGCUGCUGCAGCAGAUCACGAUGAACCCAUCAUGAUAGAUGUAGAUAACUGUCCUGUGCCUCCUAAAACUCGAUUUCUGGUGCUAGUGAACCCACACAGUGGUCCCGGUAAAGCUAUGCAGAUCUAUCAAAAACAAGUAGCCCCGAUGCUUGACGAGGCAGAUAUUCAAGUCAAACUUAUUCAAACUGACCAUGCUGGACAUGGUGUUGAGUUGAUGAAAACAUUAAACAGAAAAGAUUACUACGGAGUGGUCAUAGUGUCUGGGGAUGGUCUUAUCUAUGAGGUGGUGAAUGGUUUGAUGAACCGUGAAGAUUGGCAGGAUGCAGUGAAAUUACCAAUUGGUUGUAUUCCAGGGGGCUCUGGAAAUGCUCUUAGUUGCUCAAUUAACUACUCAGCUGGUGAAUCUGUAGAAACUGAUGUGGUGCUACAUUCCACGUUCAUUCUCAUCAAACAUCGUGUAAUUGCCAUGGACCUUGUCCUCAUACAGCAACCACGGCAACAGAUAUAUUCUUUCCUUUCUAUUGCCUGGGGCCUUCUCGCCGACAUCGAUUAUGAAAGUGAAAAAUUCCGAGCUAUUGGAGAGGCAAGAUUCACUUUACAGGCUAUAAGGAGAAUCUUUUCAUUACGGAAAUAUAAAUGCAAGCUGUCCUUCCUUCCUGUGGCUGAAUACAUUCCAAAAUCUUCCUUAAACAACAAUACUAAAAAUAUCAACAUUGAAGGGAAAAACCGCCGAGUUUCACUACAGAGUAUGGAAAACGUUGCAGAACAGGGCGAUGGUGAUGAUUUCAGAGUUCGCUCAAAAUCUGUACCCACAAAAUUAUUUCGUGGUAAAUCUGAUUUUGAAGUAAGUACCGAGUAUGAAAAUGGUGAGAGACUGACAGAUAUCAGAGAAUCUUUUGCCUCACAAGAAUUUAAUGAAGUGUUUGAUACAGAAGAAGAAAAUAAUUUAGCUGGGAAUGAAGGAAUCAAGUUUUCUCUCUCUACAGAAGAAAUGGAUACAUCCGUUCCACAAGAUAAGGCACUCACUGAAUCAAACAGUAUUAACAGCUUUCAAGAAGUAUUGAAAUUAUCUAAAGUCCCUGGACAAAAAGUGCCAUGUAUUCUACCUCCAUUGGAUCAGCCAGUUCCUGAUGACUGGGUCACCAUUGACAGUGACUUUGUUACUGUAUGUGCAGUAUAUCAAACACAUUUAGGUAGUGAUGUGAUUAUGGCACCUGAUGCUCGGUUCAAUGAUGGUAUUAUUCAUCUAUGCAUAGUGAAGGCUGGGAUCCAGAAAGGAGAAUUAAUUCAACUGAUGGGGAUGUUAGAAAAGGGUACCCAUGUUGAUCAUCCCUCACCAAAUAUAGAAUUAAUAAAAGUGCUAGCAUUUCGCCUAGAACCUCAGGGGAAGGAAGGCAUUAUAAUGGUGGAUGGGGAAAAGGUGGACUCGGACUCGCUUCAAGCUCAGGUGCUCCCAGGACUUGCAAAUCUUAUGGCAAUACAGUGAAUUGUAAGGUCAAAUAAAAGUUGUGAUUAGUUACAGUUCUAGAUACUGCAAACUUUAGCAAGCAGUCAUUGGUAAGGCUUAAAGAUAUACUAAGCUGACGUGCUUACAGGACUCACAAACAGGGCAAACUUCAUGUGUUAAUAAAAAGCAAAUAUGUUUCUUUGGUCCCACAGAAUUUUUUUUUCACAUUAAUGAAAUAAAAUGUGAAAAAAAAAAUACUAAAUGAAUUCGUACAUCUGGUUUGCUUUCUUUAAAGACUUUCUAUAAUGAAAUUUCUGACUCCACAAAAAAUUAUUUUGUGUAGAAUAGUCUAUAGAAACUCUUUUAAGAACACAAUUAACUUUAAAAAAAAUAUCUUACUAAAGGCUGUAAAAAUUGAUAAUAAAAAAAAAUAAAGUCAUACCUUACCUUUAAUCAGACAUUAACACAGGACAGGAUUGAAAGAAACUUGAUAUGACAUGUCAAACUUUGUAAAGAUAAUGGUUUUACAUCUGGUAGUAUUGUCAUAUUUGUUGUUGCUGUGCCAAGCUGUUGCUUUGCUGAUGCAGGUUUCAUUCCUGACUCCAGCUUAAAUGUUUCUUUUAUGCACGUAGAAUAUAAAGAUUAUAGAUUAAGAGUUGUUAGUAAGCACAAUAACCCUCAACAUAAUCAUCACUGCCAUUUUAGGAAAACAAUUACUCUUAUAUUACUGUUGAUUUAUACACAGCAGUCCAUAUACAGUUAAUAAACAGAAUAGUUUAAAGCUAUGAAGGAAGAUAA